AUGGGAACUAGUUGUACAAUAACAUAUCGCUGCAAUGGAAUUAAUUUCAUACGAAGACGCUGGAGCGACGGAUACGCGGAAAGGCCUGGCGCUGGACAAGAACUCGUAGACAGUGUUCCCCCUGACAGCGACGCUUACAAAGAUAAUACUGUAAAAGUGUGGCUCGAGAAUACCAGGGCUUUCUAUAAAAGUGAAUGGGAAAGGAUUAAGAAGCUGGAUGAAGAAAAUAAAGAUCUCGACGAAAACAAGGGAGAUUACGAUCCUUAUCUUUACAGGCCGAGAAAAGACCUGCCGGAACUAUACUGCGAUUUCAACUACACUAUCGACCUCGAUGCCGAACGGUUCUGCGUCUACGAUGCUGCGUUUCCUCUUUGGAACAUUCCACGAGGCGAUAAUGGCGAAGACUGGUUACAACACAUAGCUAUCGUUGGAGUUACAAAUAAUAAAUGUGUCUUGUGGCCUGAUACGCCAAGGCAAUAUCGAGUUGCGAUUGAGCCAACACCUGUCUCGGAGGUCGGGCUUGCUGUUUACCAGGCGUUGACGCAGAAUGUUGAAAUAAUUGACGAAUCCGCUUGGAUGACUUUCAAUACCGACCAUCCGAGGCUGGCCCUUGCGUCUGCUAAUACUCGCGGUCUCAUGAUGUGCCACAACUGCCAAAUUAACUCUGCGGUGCUGACGCGCGAAGGUGGCAAACCAUUCCACUCCUAUUCUGAGCUUCUGUUACGCGCUGCAUCUCCUGGUGGACUUACACUGGCCUUCAGGCCGAGCACGCAUAACAAUGAUGGUAAUGAAAAGGGCGAUGGAGGAGAGGGUGAGGGUGAGGAGGACGGGGAUGACAAGGCGAAUCGCAAUACCGGAAAGCCAUUGUACAGCUUCUAUAGGUACCGAGGCUGUAUAGUGUUCGUUACGGAAGAUUGCUCGACCCCAGGCCAUUUACAAGCCAAUAUUGGCCUUGCCGUCGGACACGCACGUGAAACCGGAACGAAUAAUUGCACCGUAAUCAUUUUUUCCAUUCGGCAUGUCGCUGUAGCAGUUUUAACUGGUGUAAUCUCAGGCCCGCUGCAAGUCGCUCACACCCGUGCACAGCCUUUCCUAGAGGGAUUUGGUGACGGGGGACUUGAAAAAGAUGUUCUUCUCCAUAUAAUGGAGUUAGUCGAUUCCGAUACGCACACCGCGUUCAGCCUGCUAUCCGCUCUGAGAAGAAACGGGGCGCAUGCCACUCUGAUCAUCUUCUAUCGAGUGUUCCCCUUCUACGGCAAUUGCAAUGAUGGCAGGCACUGCUGCUUGUGUCCCAAUCUGUGCAUCGGUAAAAAGUGCAUGUAUCGUCUAUAUCUGAAAUCACUGCCUGGAAGUAUUGGGUUGUAUCGAAAUGUAGAGGCGCACUACGAGCAUAGGGGUACAUAUAGGGAAGAGGAUUACUCUUCAGUGAGAAGAGAGCCUUGGAGGACAAACUAUUCCGGUCUCUUUGCUUUGAACGCGAGCAAUGUUUGCAAGGUCUGCACGACAUACUUUGAUAGGCAAGAAUCGUAA